UUGUCGGCGUACGUCGAGCGCGCGAGCGCGCGACAGACGAAGCGCGAUCUGAUCCCGUUCCGAGUCGGGAUGACGCUGAGGGUGGGCGUGACGGUGAAAGAAGGGAAUAAGACGCGGGUGCAACCCUUCGAGGGGGUGGUGAUCGGGAUUCACCGCGCGGGCGUGGCGACGACGGUGACGGUGCGGAAAACCUUGCAGGGGUUCGGCGUGGAGCGAGUGUUUCCGGUGCACUCGCCGUUGUGCACCGAUCUCUUCUUCAUUUUCUCCGCGCAGGUUCGUCGCGCGAAAUUAUUCUACCUCCGCCGAUUGGUGGGCAAACAAGCGCGCCUGAAGACGCGCUUC